AAGGAGCCUGUCCGGCUCGGAAGGAGACUCCGCUGAAGCAAGUGACGGAAAGCGAGUUUCUGGAGGGGCUCGAAGAGAGAAGGAUGUACAACAAGGUCGAGGACGAAGAGGUGUCAGAAUUUAUCUGUUUUCAUUUAAUUUGGCUGUAAUAAUCCUCUUUUGGUGAGCAGCAACAUGAUGUCAAAUAGAAAUAAUCUUGCCUAUCACAGUCUUAGAACAGAUUCCAACAAAAUGUUGGAAGAAUAUGGCCAUAUGCAAAACCAGGCGGAAUUACAAAAUACCAGUUUGGGAAAAGAGGUAGUUAUGAAUUCUCUUGAAAGUGAUCUCCAGCAUAUAAUGGACAAACUCAACCAGAAAAAAUACUCAUCAAGUCUGAAAUUAAAAACAAAUGAAGACUACUCUGGUUCUUAUUUAACACUCUCCCAGCCUCUGGCACCUAAAUUGAGCCCUGCAUCCAGUGUUAAAAGUAUGCCAUCUGUUUCCAAAAUUCAGGGAAUCAAAUCUUUGGCUUGUGAGAACUCUUAUCUUUCAGACAAAAAUGCUUCUCGAAAGCAUAUGGGUCCCAUUUCAGGCACAUUCUCAUCGUUAAGUGGGUGCAGCCUUGGAAAGAAAGACUUUGAUGUUUAUGCUACCAGGGAAAAUGAAAAGCAGUUUGGACAUCUGAGUAAAUUUCCCUAUUCAAAGUACAGUCAGAAGAAUAAAUCUCAUGAUAGUGUCUAUUUCCCAGGAGCACUGGAUGGGUGGAAAAACUCUGGAUCUCUUCUUACAAUGUGGAAUGGGAAUUCAGGAAAUGAUAUCAUUAUUUCACCAUUCGGCAGCUCUGGAGCUGCCAGUAUGCCCUCUAGUCCAAAACAAAUCAGGAAAAUGAAUAUACAUGACAUUAUAUCUGUUCAGGCUAGGUCAGCUAAACAAAAGGAUUCAGUAAUGGAAGCUCAGGGGCCUAGAACCAGAAAAUAUCCGGGUGGUUCAUUGAGCCACAUGGGAGUUUAUAGUCGGUCAUUGCCCAGGCUUUACAAAUCAACAGAAAACCAACUCACACCACUGAGUUUACCACCCAGAAACUCUUUUGGGAAUUCCAAAAGAAAGAAGACUAUUGAAAAAGACCCUCUACCUCAAAAUAUACUGGAUGCCGACAAUUACCUUCAUUUUUCUUCUUGCACUUCAGGAGUAUUGCCAUACACACACUUUCCACCUGAAGUGAAUUCCUAUGUAAAUUCAACUCUCAGUGUCCCUGCAAGCCCCCGGAUAGCUAGGAAAAUGCUUCUGGCAUCUACUUCCACAUAUGCAUCUGAUGACUUUGAUAGGGUUGGAUUGUCAGAAACAAGCCCUAAUAAUUCAUUUAUUCCCUUUGAUGCUGAGAGAGGGUUUCCUGGAAGAAGAAGAAUUUCCAAUAGCUCCAUGGAGUUUGAUGAAACAGAUUUGGAAAGCCACAGGCAGACGCCUUCCAUUCGAGAGAGAAAGAGCAGCAUUAGUUCUGUUUCUGGAAGAGAAGACCUGAUGGACUACCACAGGAGGCAAAGAGAAGAAAGGCUGAAAGAACAGGAAAUGGAGAGACUGGAGCGCCAGAGACUCGAGACCAUUCUUAAUCUAUGUGCAGAAUAUUCCAAGACUGACAAUGAACCUGCCACAGUCACUACCGUAGCUGAUGUUCAGAAAAUUAAUAAAGAACUUGAAAAACUCCAGUUGUCUGAUGAAGAUUCAGUCUUUGAAGAUUCUCAGAUAAUAGCAGACUCAAGAUUCAGAGAUCAUUUGCAGCUUCCAGCUGAAGAUUCUGAUUUCUCUGAAUUCAAUGAUCUUGGACAAAAUUCUAUGGGUUUCUUUUCUUCAAGAGGAACAAAUAAACAUUUAAAUGGCAACAGGACAAGUUCACCUUUAUCUUCUGCUUUCCUUAAGGAUGUCACUGAAUCUCCCUAUCUAAGCAUUAUGUCAAAGUCACCAGAAUGCAUAAGCAAUGAACAAAUAACAUCAGAACUUAAUCAAAUGGAAGAACAGCGCAUUAUAAUACUAAAUAACCUGGAAGAACUUGAACAAAAGAUCAAAGACUUAAAUGAUCAGAUGGAUGAAUCCUCCAGAGAGAUGGAUAUGGAAUGUGCCCUAUUGGAAGCAGAGCAGAAAUCUGAAACAGCUGAACUGCUCAAGGAGAAGGAAAUAGUAGAUCAUUUGAACAGGAAGAUAGCAGAGUUGGAGAGAAAUGUCAUUGGUGAAAAGGCCAAGGAAAAAAUAAAGCUUGAUGCUGAGAGGGAAAAACUAGAAAAGCUUCAGGAGCUUUACUCCGAGCAGAAGACUCAGCUUGAUAAUUGCCCCGAGUCCAUGAGGGAACAAUUACAGCAGCAGCUUAACAGGGAUGCAGACUUGUUGGAGGUAGAAAGCAAACAUUUUGAAGAUUUGGAAUUUCAGCAGCUUGAAAAUGAGAGCAGAUUAGACGAAGAAAAAGAGAAUUUAACACAACAGCUUCUGCGUGAAGUUGCUGAAUAUCAGCGUAGCAUUGUUAGCAGAAAGGAAAAGGUUUCUGCUCUCAAAAAACAAGCCAAUCACAUUGUACAACAAGCACAAAGAGAACAAGAUCAUUUUGUGAAAGAAAAAAACAAUUUACUAAUGAUGUUGCAGAGGGAGAAAGAAAAUCUUUGCAAUUUAGAAAAGAAGUAUUCCUCACUAUCUGGAGGCAAGGGAUUUUCUCUCAGUCCCAGCAGUCUAAAAGAGGAUUUUGUGAAUGUAAAUGACAUUAGUGACCCGCAUGGCAAUUCCACGAAUAUCUCCCCUUCCACUCAGCCCCCCUCUGCUGCUGCUGCUGUUCCCACUGAACCUUCCACAGCUGGCCUGAUAAGCCAGUCACAAAAUAAAGAGCAUUUCCGAAAUUUGGAAGAGAGAAAGAAGCAGCACAAAGAAGGCCUGUACAUGAGUGAUACUUUGCCUCGCAAGAAAACAGCUCCUCCCAUAUCACCUCAUUUCAGUAGUUCUACUCUUGGACGAACUGUUAAGGGUCACCUGCCACUUGGACAAAGCAGUAGCUGUGGCAACAUACUUCCUCAUUGUUCAGGAUCUAUGACCAAAGAUUUGGAGACAAGGAGAACACAUAAAGGUUAUAAUCAUCAGCAUCUCCGUGAGGAUCAAAGCCAGAAGUCUCCUGAAUUCUACAGCAGAACUGCCUCAGAAUCAAAUGUGUAUCUGAAUACCUUUCAUUAUCCUAAUCCUAAUCUGAAAGACCACACCUUUGAUACUCUUAGUUUAGAUAGCACAGACAGUAUGGAGACAAGUAUAUCUGCCUGUUCCCCAGAUAAUAUUUCCAGUGCCAGUACUGCAAAUGUGGCAAGAAUAGAAGAGAUGGAAAGACUUUUAAAACAAGCUCAUGCUGAGAAGACACGGUUGCUUGAAUCCAGGGAACGAGAAAUGGAAGUUAAAAAAAAGGCCCUAGAAGAAGAAAAGCGUCGCAGAGAACAGUUAGAAAAAAGGUUACAAGAAGAAACUAGUCAGCGACAAAAAUUAAUUGAAAAAGAAGUUAAGAUACGUGAAAAACAGAGAAGCCAGUCUCGUCCCCUGACUCGUUAUUUGCCAGUCAGAAAGGAAGAUUUUGAUCUGCGUGGCCACAUAGAGACAGCUGGCCAUAAUAUAGAGACUUGUUACCAUGUCUCUCUCACUGAGAAGACUUGCCGGGGCUUUCUUAUUAAGAUGGGAGGGAAAAUUAAAACAUGGAAAAAAAGAUGGUUUGUGUUUGAUAGAAACAAAAGAACAUUUUCUUAUUAUGCAGACAAACAUGAAACUAAAUUAAAAGGAGUAAUUUAUUUCCAAGCCAUUGAAGAAGUUUAUUAUGAUCAUUUAAAGAAUGCUUGCAAGAGCCCUAAUCCAUUGCUUACCUUCAGCGUUAAAACUCAUGACAGAAUAUAUUAUAUGGUGGCCCCAUCACCAGAAGCUAUGCGAAUAUGGAUGGAUGUAAUAGUUACAGGAGCAGAAGGAUACACACACUUCAUGCUGUAGUAAUAUAGUGCAAAGUUUCGACAGUAGGGCAUAAUGCAAUAAUAGCUGUGUUUUUGAGAGUGGAAAGCCAUUGACAAGUCAUAUGUAUAAAAUUCUAUCAAUAGAACUAAUCUUAAUUUCAAAAGGAAAUGCAUCAUAUGUAAGGAAACAUGAAAUUCUGAUGGGACUUUAUUUUGUUAUGUAUUUGAUUCAUUAGAUGUUGACAUAACACAAAAAAAACCCUACUUAAAAGAUAAGAACCCUC